GCUGCUCCUGUUGCUGUUACUCUCUCUUGGGGGCUGUGGUCUCAGUGACUCCCCCCACCAGCCAUGUGAAUAUCGACUCUGAAUGGACCCUCCAGUUACCUGCCAGUCAUUUGGACCUGGACUCUGAAUGAUCUGGAACCAAUGCAUGGAGUAAAAACCUCAAACAAAAUCCAGACAGAGAAAUCAUUUCCUGAUGUAUUUGGAAAACUCUGAGCAAAGCAAAGUCUCUGGGGAAGGGGAGCCGUCUACUGAGGCCAUGCUUGCUGAACAAUGCCAGGUUCCUAAAUUAACAGAGGCUGCCGACUUAUCCAGCCCUUCAAAGGGAAGUGCUGAUCUUGGCAUGAAGGUCCUUGUGGAUUAUACUGAGCAGGCUGUUGUCAGCAGAGAAAUUGACCCUUCUAUCUUUUGUGUGGAACAUUGCAACUUGAAAAGAGAUGAGAUGAAAUCCUGCACAUAUUGCAAUGGACAAUCUGAGAGUUUUGCACAAUACCCGGAGAGCAAUGGAUUGUUUGAAUCCGACCAGAUCCUUGGUCAGUGUGAGACUUCGGGGUUAAGCCAACCAUUUGACGAAUGUGCUCAACACUGUGAGUGUUUUAAACCUUGCAAGUCCUCUGAGCACUGUGCUAAUCAUAGCUUAGCUUCCAAAUGUAGUCCUUGCUGUGAACACAGUGCAGAACACCUUCAGUUAUUUCAGCAAUGUAAGCCCUCUGAUCAACAGUUUGAGUCUUUUGACUUUGAGCCAGAUAAAUUGGCAGUGAACUGUGACAGUUUCGGGCCGUGUGAAAUGUCUGAUUUCAUACCUGAAUGCACAGACCACCUCGACUUACUGCAACAAUAUGACUCCUCCGAUCAGCAGGGUGAGUCCUUUGACUCUGAGCCAGAGACAUCAACAGAGGACUUUGAGCAAUGUGAAAUGACUGGUUUCACAUCUUACAUCUCUGACUCACUGGACUUACUGGACUGUGCCACCGAACUCCGUGAGUAUGACGAAUGCACCAAUGAUGACGAUAAUGAAGAGAUCUAUGCACCUGAACAUGAGGAUGAGCCAAAUGACACGGAGCCUAUUGAUGCAAAUCCCUCACAUUUCAACACACCUGCUCAAGUUUACUUUGAUGACAGUGGAGAUUUUCCAUUUACAAGUGAAUGCUGUGAGACACACCAUCACUCUGAGGAAGAUUCCCCACAUGCCACUGCAUUAAACGCGUCCAGCGAUUACUGUGAAAUGUGUGAAACAGAUUACUCUGAAACGAGCGAAGAGUAUGAUCAGCAAUGUGUCACUUCAGACCAGUGUUCUGAUGAGGCCUCUGAGUUUGGCACAGAAGAAGAUGGUUCCUCAGAUUGCUCUUCUAUUGAAACCAAAUCCUUCAAGACCUGUCCCGAUGGCAGCAUUCCUUCAGAUCACUGCUCUGAUUCAUCUGGGCAGACGCAGUGGGAAUCUUUUGAAGAUGAUGUAGAAAUAGACCAAAACAAUGUUAACAUAACUAAUGAGGAUAAAAACAAAACUCCUGCUGUUGAUAUUGUUAUUGAGGAUUACUUCGAUCUGUUUGACAGAGCUGACUAUUACGGACAUGCCUUUGCACAAAAGCAACGUUACAUCUCCUGCUUUGAUGGAGGAGACAUCCACGACCACCUGCAUCUUCAGGAGGUUCAAUCUAAGGCUCAAGCCAAAUAUGCGGACAAAUUUAAAGAAAUCAAUGAGGAAAUUCAUGUAAAGGAAACUGAUACAUGUUUUGAUGCUCCCAAAGAAGCAUGUGAAGAUACUCAUGAGGAAGAUGCAAGUCAGAGAGGUUAUGUCUCCUCUGGGUCUUGUGAGUCAGAGGAACAACCUGAAGAUGAAUCAGAAUCAAGUUUAGCAGAUAAUGAAGUUGAAAGAGAUGAAUCAGAAGUUCAGGCCCUUUGUGCUGAGAACUGUGAGGAAACAGAGGAAGAUGAGAACAGUUUUGAUGGAGAAGCUUGUGCAUUUGAUGGCCAUGUUUCUGAAAUCUGCAAAGAAGAAGAAACUGAGGUCUGCCUGUCCUCUGGUAAUGAGAGUAUGAGUGCGCCAUGUGCAGAGGACAUCUCUGUUGGAGGUGAUGCUUAUGAAGAAGAAUCUGUUGCCCACAAUUAUGAAUCGAUUUUUGACAGUACCUCUACCACUGGACAUUUACAGACAACUGAACCUGCGGACAAACUAUUUAUCGCAUGUUCAGAAAUGGAGCCAUAUUGGUCACUUGUACACCAUGAGGAAAAUGGAGAGAUGUGUGAGCUUGGUGUUGAGGAAUACUAUGUAUAUCAGAUAAAAAGCAUUCAGUCAUCUGUUGAACAAGCCCUGAAUGAAUUUAUUAUGGGAAGAAGGUCAUACGAUCAGAUAAUCCAUGGGGAUGCUUCAAGGAUUGAAACAGAAGAUGCUCCUUUAUCCCUGAAUGACAUACAAGCACAUGAAGUUUGCCCAGAGGAGCUCAAGGAAGUCAGAUUUGAAAGUACAGAAGUUAUUGAACUGAGUGAGAAUUUGGCCAACAGCUCUGAUGUGGAAAAAACAACCAGUGAAGAAACUCGGGAAUCAGAUGAAGACAGUGGAAUCAGUGACAUUUCAAGAGAAAAAAAACCUCCUUCAGAUAUUAUUCACAGUGUUGUUUCGCACCCUGCAAAAAAUAACGAAAGGACUGAGGAAAACAAGCCCUCCGAACAAAGCACGGAUUCAGAAGAGGAGCAAAGCGAUGAUGAAUUUGAUGAAGACUGUGAAUGCGAGUACUGCAACCCACCAAUAGAGGAGGUUCCAGCAAAACCGCUGCUUCCACGGAUGAAAUCGAAUGACGCAGGGAAGAUCUGUGUGGUCAUCGAUUUGGAUGAAACGCUAGUGCAUAGUUCAUUUAAGCCUGUGAACAAUGCUGAUUUUAUCAUUCCAGUGGAAAUUGAUGGAACAGUUCAUCAGGUGUAUGUGUUAAAGAGACCACACGUUGAUGAAUUCCUCAAGAGGAUGGGAGAAAUGUUCGAGUGUGUUUUGUUCACUGCAAGCUUAUCCAAGUACGCAGAUCCGGUGUCGGACCUGUUGGACAAAUGGGGGGCCUUCCGGAGCCGUCUCUUUCGGGAGUCAUGUGUUUUCCACAAAGGGAAUUACGUAAAAGACCUGAGCCGUUUAGGAAGAGACCUCAACAAGGUUAUCAUCAUCGAUAACUCCCCAGCCUCCUAUAUCUUCCAUCCAGACAAUGCAGUUCCUGUAGCGUCCUGGUUUGAUGACAUGUCAGACACUGAGCUCCUUGAUCUUAUCCCCUUCUUUGAGAGACUAAGCAAAGUGGACGACAUCUAUGAUGUUCUCCAGCAGCAGAGGACUUCAAGUUAACAGAGGCAGGAUACUAGGAUGAAAAUAGUCACCAGCAGCUGUCGUCACGGGGCCACGGAGGCCGGUGGGCCACAGGCUCCACGCUGCUUCCAACUACAAGGACCACAGUGCAAAACAAUGCCUCUCAUUAAAUCUCAUAUUCACACAGUGUAUUGCAUUAAAACGUGAAAGCAGUGUUCCACCAGGGUUUGGUCCCAGGGACAGAUCAGAGACAGAUAUUUUUUCUCCUUUUUUUAAUACUAUAUAAAGACUGAAUAUGAGAUUCAAUGACGUCUGUAGAUACCGUUUGCAGUGCAGCUAGUGUGUUGUUGUUGUCAUCGUUACGUGACAGCAGUGACCUAGUAUGUAAGUGUGCUGUAAACCUAGAUUGUGUGAACAGUUGUUCAGUGCCAUUCUACAAAUGAGCCACAUCGGUCAUUUUCAUUUCAGU